AAACACAGAGAGGUUGAGAGUUGAGGGAGUGAUGGAGCGACGCCGACGCUCAAGCUCAAAUUCAAUGCUGGUGCCGUACGCCCACCGCCAGCUAGCGGUGGUUCCGCACGGCUGGGACGUGGAGGAGGUGCCACGCACUGACGGCAGCCGCUCCGACAGGUACUACUAUGAGCCUGGCUCUGGAAGAAAAUUCAGGUCUGUCAGAGAAGUUCAUCGAUAUUUGAACGGAGAACCUAACCGCUCCUUCAGAUCCAACACUAGGAUGCGGAUGCGAAUGCGAAUGCGAAUGCCUUUGCACAGGAGUGGUAGAUGUCGAUAUCGAAGGAUGCUUGUUUCUGAUGGAAAGUUGUUGAGAGUGGAUAAUGAAGGAAGCAAGAGUUAUUUGGCUGUAGUACGGGAAGCCCCCGGCAUUCUUCCUGAUGGCUGGGUUGUGGAGGAGGUGCCUCGUAAAUAUAUGAACUGGCCUGACAAGUAUUACUAUGAACCUGAGACUGGUGUGAAGUUUCGGUCCCUGAUUGCUGUUGAGGCACACUUGGCAGAAUUGGACGAAGAUGCCCCAUUAUCCAAGACAUUAGAAGGGAUUAUGGAAAAUAAACCUCUUGCACAGGCUUUCAAAAUGGAAAAUCACAAGACCUAUACUCGAAGGAAGAAAGAUACUACUCAAGCAAAAUCACAAGCCUCAUCUUUUAUCGAGCCGCCAAUGAAAGUGACUUGGGUUCUUGCCAAUGCACAAGGGGAUUCGUGGAACCCUUUCAUCUCCGAGGCAUUGGUCCCCGAUGCUGUUAAGAAUCAAUGGACAACCAGAUUCACGCUUUUCAUGAAGGACGGAACCCACAGUUAUUAGAACAUCCUAGCGUAUAGUUGAAGAUUAGCUGAACCAAGCCUGCUGUCAAGAAUUAACCGAUGUUAGGACACUGGUUCUCGGUUUUGGAGCAAUGAUCAACUAUUUCCUAUUUUCAAUCAGUUCUGAUUGUUGCUCAUAGCAAUAUAUAACAAGGAUAAAGAUUGUAGAAUUCGCAAAACAAUCUUGAUUUUAAAAUUUUGUAGUUAUUUAAAAAUACUUAUCUUGUAGACUGGCUGGUCUACCCAGUAUUCAACAGUUUUAUAAAAAAAUAUAUUAAUAUCUAAA